AUGCAGAUUCUCAUCACCGGCGGUGCCGGCUUCAUCGGCCAGCUACUUGCCGCAGAGCUAUUGAAUGACCCCUCCUACCAUGUCACCCUGACCGAUAUCGUUCAACCUCCCAUCCCCAAGGGCGUUCGCCAUCCCGAGAAUGCCACGGCAGUGAAGGCCGACCUCCUCACCGGGGCCAAAGAUGUGGUCAAUUCCUCGCUGGAUGCAGUGUACGCCUUCCACGGGAUCAUGUCGUCCGGCUCCGAGGCCAAUUUCGACCUAGGCAUGAGUGUCAACAUCGAUGCAACCCGCAACUUGCUGGAAGCCCUGCGCCAUACCUGUCCCGGAGUACGAGUCAUCUAUUCCUCCAGUCAGGCAGUCUAUGGCCAACCGUUGCCGGAGAUCGUGACCGACAGCGUGAUCCCAACACCAGAGUCCUCGUAUGGCGCCGAGAAAGUCGUAUGCGAGACCUUGAUCAACGAGUAUACUCGUCGCAAGUUCAUUACUGGCUUCACCCUGCGAUUUCCCACAAUUUCCGUGCGCCCCGGUGCCCCGACGGCUGCGGCUUCGUCCUUCCUCUCCGGCAUGAUCCGCGAGCCAUUGGAUGGCAAGGAAUGCGUCAUUCCCAUUGAAGACCGCGAGUUCAAAUCAUGGCUAUGCUCGCCAAAGACACUCGUGGAGAACCUGCUGCUGACACUUCGCCUUCCCGCAAACUCCGUGCCCGCGCAUAUCCGUCAGAUCAAUGUUCCGGGGAUCUGUGUGACAGUGCAAGGAAUGAUGGAUGCCUUGGAGAAGGUGGGUGGCAAGGAUAAGCUCAGCCUCCUCACAGAGAAGGAGGAUCUGGCACUGGUUCCGAUUUUGAAGUCUUGGCCCACGCAAUUUGAUAAUUCCCAGGCUAUUGCCCUGGGUUUCAAGCGCGACGAUUCCUUUGAGCAAACGGUGAGAGACUAUAAGGCCACAUUGGAACGGUCAUAG